CGGACCGCGGCCCGGAAGUGACGCGACGGCGGCGACGGAGCGCGCAGCUCCGCGGGGCGGCGGCGGGAGCGGCCAUGGCGCACAUCACCAUCAACCAGUACCUGCAGCAGCUCUUCUCUUUCCAAACGCUUCAGGUCUAUGAAGCAAUUGACACCAGAGACGGGUCAUCCCUUGCAGAGCUGGUGUCUUUCAAGCACCCUCAUGUUGCCAACCCACGGCUUCAGAUGGCCUCUCCAGAAGAGAAGUGUCAACAAGUUUUGGAACCCCCUUAUGACGAAAUGUUUGCAGCUCAUUUAAGGUGCACGUACGCGGCGGGGAACCACGACUUCAUAGAGGCGUACAAGUGCCAGACCGUCAUUGUCCAAUCAUUCCUACGGGCAUUUCAGGCCCACAAAGAAGAAAACUGGGCUCUGCCUGUCAUGUAUGCAGUGGCACUUGACCUUCGAAUAUUUGCCAAUAAUGCAGAUCAGCAGCUGGUAAAGAAAGGAAAGAGCAAAGUUGGGGACAUGCUGGAGAAGGCGGCCGAGCUGCUGAUGAGCUGCUUCCGCGUCUGCGCCAGCGACACCCGUGCGGGCAUAGAGGACUCCAAGAAGUGGGGCAUGCUGUUUCUGGUGAAUCAGUUAUUCAAGAUCUAUUUUAAGAUCAACAAGCUCCACUUGUGUAAACCGCUCAUCAGAGCCAUCGACAGCUCCAACCUGAAGGACGACUACAGCACCGCCCAGCGGGUGACGUACAGGUACUACGUGGGGCGGAAGGCCAUGUUCGACAGCGACUUCAAGCAAGCUGAGGAGUACCUGUCCUUUGCUUUUGAGCACUGCCACCGUUUGAGCCAGAAGAACAAAAGGAUGGUCCUCAUUUAUCUACUUCCUGUGAAGAUGCUCCUGGGUCACAUGCCAACCAUUGAGCUCCUGAGGAAGUACCAUCUCAUGCAGUUUGCGGAGGUGACCAAAGCUGUGAGCGAAGGCAACCUCCUCCUCCUGAACGAGGCUCUGGCCAAGCACGAGACCUUCUUCAUCCGGUGCGGCAUUUUCCUCAUCCUCGAGAAGCUGAAGAUUAUCACCUACAGGAAUCUUUUUAAGAAAGUGUACCUGUUACUCAAGACACACCAGCUGUCUCUGGAUGCGUUCCUGGUUGCCUUGAAGUUCAUGCAGGUGGAGGACGUGGACAUCGCCGAGGUCCAGUGCAUCCUGGCCAACCUGAUCUACAUGGGUCACAUUAAAGGCUACAUCUCGCACCAGCACCAGAAGCUGGUUGUCAGCAAGCAGAACCCGUUCCCCCCGCUGUCCACGGUGUGCUGACCCCGCCCCCGGCCCCGAGGACAGGGAGCGCGCGAUCCUGGUUUUUCUGCAGCUGGAGUCUCUCGGGUCUUUUCCUGGGGAUGCUGAGACCUCAGUGUCUCUGACAUCACGGCUGACGAAUAUGCACCUCACAAAGGCCUGGAAUCCCCUUCUCAGCGCAGCUGUCUCCGCUGGCCCUGGGGUGCUGGUGACACUCACGCGAGGGGCACGGUCUCCGAGGCAGCUACUGUUUACUUCUCAUGAGUGUUGUUCGUGAAGGCAUCUUUUAACUCUUUCUAUAAAAAAAGGUGAUCUGAAUUUAUACAAAAGUGUAUUCGAUCUGAAUUUAUACAAAAAGGCGUAUUCGAUCUGAAUUUAUACAAAAAGGCAUAUUCUUUACCAUAUCUUCUGGGAUACAUCUAUUUUUAUGUUAAAUUUGAACAUUUUGUGUGAUCAAAAUGCUGGGUUAACUUAAUGCUUCUUUUUACAAGCUGAAUUUACUUUGAUUUAAAUUCUCCAGGUGUCAUAGCUGUUUUUUCAGAGUAUGCGUAUUUCCUCUGUCUGUGCAAAACUUACUAAAGAAGGAAAUGUCAUGGGCUAUAGUUGCUCAUCGCUGCAAAGGCACCAAACCUGGAGGCUGCUUGUGCCCUUUGCGCGGAGAAGAGCCACUGUGGGACGGGGACACACACACACACACACCCCGCCGAGGCCUCCCAUCUGGCCCCCCGCGUCAGCUGCUCCGGCUGCCAGCUGCUCCGGCUGCCAGCCCGACUGUCCCGCUUGUGGGACGUGGAGACACACACACACACACAAACACACACACACACCGCCGAGGCCUCCCAUCUGGCCCCCCGCGUCAGCUGCUCCGGCUGCCAGCCCGACUGUCCCGCUUGGCUCAGGAGUGUGCAGUGUGCUCCGCGUGGCUCCUCUGCAGGGCUCUCCCGGGCUGCACGAGUGACCCACCCUGAAGGGCAUCGGCCCGGAGCUCUGACUGGCGCUCAGCCGGGCUCCACGUGGGCCUCUCCAGUGGGAUGGAGCCGCAUUCCGAGAGCAAGGGCCCCAAAGAAGAGGUUGAGCUGGAUCCACUCCUGUGAGCUGGGCUUCGAGCCAACAGUGUGCCCUCCGCCCUGGGCACGUCCAGAUUUGGGCAUGGGGACGGCCUGCCGUGGGUGUCAGGCCCCCAGCCGCCUCCCCCCACCAGUUCCCUGAGCAGGAGGGCGUGGCCUGGGGGAGGCACAGACGGCCAUGGGGAGACAGUCCGUGUUUCCCGGGGCACUGCUGUCACGGCAUCGCUGCUCCGCGGGGCCAGGCACGGCCUCACGGACGAGAGCUGCGUCCUCGCUGCGGGGUGAGCACUGGACUUCUGGGAGCGUGCCUGGAUUUCAUAGCGUAGAAAGCUGGGCAUUUUCAGCACUUUCAGGUAUUUUCUUGAGCAGUAGAUUGAUUGUGACACCGAAAAUCAGGGACUGACCGUGAACCACAGCACGAGGUCGUACUUGGCAAUGAAAGAAACAGAACCUCGGGCGCGAGCAUCCUGCGUUCCCACUGGUGUGGAGGCCUGUGUGAGCACAGGCCUGGCGUGGUUGUUCGCACCGCCCCCAAAUGUGGAAGCAGCCGGUCUGUGCCCCAGCGUGAAUGGGUGUGGCCGUCUAAUCGAGUUCCCUUUUCUUGAGUUUUAUUGUUUCGAUGUGCUUACCUCGUGUGGUUUCUAACCAUCUAUUAAGUUAUACACGUGACUAGAGCAGUCUUCCUUUCGCAUGGCCCUCUGCGUCUCAGCUGCGUUGCAGGCCUGUAGCUUUCUCUGCAGUGGUCCUUGUUUUUAUAGAGCCCAUAAAUGCUGUAGGGAGACUCUUACCUCUGCCUGUGCUGUGUGUGUUUGUCAUAAUUUCCAGGUAGGGUUUCUACUCUAGCAAAUCCAGAUUUGUAGGGCAAAUUAAUGCCAUCAGCGAGACUGCAGGUAUCUUUACAGAGUUAUUUAUGUAGAAGUUGCAGCGCUCAUCCGCUGGAUUUUAAAUCCUUGGUAGCCAUUCAGAGCAGUGGCCUGAUGACCUUAUGGCAGUUUGAAGAUAACACAGCCACACUUCAGUAAGACUUCAAAGUCCACUCCUGUUCCUCCACUGCCCUGUCCGUUAGUUUGUGUCAGAUUCACAUAUUUAUUUUUGCCAAGGUCCUUUCAAAGAAAUGGGCCAGUGCAUCUGCAGAUUGGCCAAAAAAAGGCUAACUCUUAUACUUCUUACUGAAGUAUAAUAUCAGAAAUGAAACAAGCAUUGUGUAAGUAUAAGAAUUGUUACUUAAAAAUCUGAAUUGUGUUUAAACUCCGUUUUCCAGUGAGGAGAGUGUAUAAGUCACAGUCUUAACCCCUUAAAACAAUCCUCCGCUCCCCAGCAGCGGGUCAGGAAGGAGCCCGCCCCCGCCUGUGCCUUCGGCGGGAGCUGCCUUCGGGCCCCGCCGUGGCGGCCGCGGAGCUGUCAGCCGUGAGAGCCCUUCCCUCCCUCGGGGGAACUGGGCACCUCCGGCUUAGAAAUUAACGGGGAAAUAGACGUGAUGUGCACCCACGCGCCCCCCGGGUCGGGUCUGCGGGAAGCGCGGUUCGGGCUGGGCUCGCGGUCC